ACAGAGAUUAGCUUAUUUCCUUUGUGGGACCGGGGACGUAAGCAUACGGGUAGCUCGUCGGCGAAAGUGGAUUUAAACAAGUCCCAACCUUUUUGUUUUCCCCCCGUUUUUUGGCUGUCGAGGUAGUCGUCUGAAGUCAUGCCCAUGUACCAGGUAAAGCCAAUCAGUGGUGGUGACAUAAAGAUAGAUUUACCAACCUGCAUGUACAAGUUACCGAAUGUCCACACGCCAAGAAGCGGCUUCGGCGAGCAUGCGCACCAGAACGGGGAGCUGGAUCCUGCUAUGCGGGCGCUGGAGGCUCGACAGGACGAGAUUUUGCGACGACUGUACGAGCUGAAGGCUGCUGUGGAGGGGCUAGCGAAGACUGUGACAACACCUGACGCGGACCUGGACGCUACCACCAUACCCCCGCAGGGCGGCGCCAGCACCAUGCUCACUGGGACUGCCGAUCUGGACUCAAUCCUGGGCAAGGACCCCGGGGCCCUGAGGGACAUUGUGAUAAACGCGCACCCCUCCCGGCCCCCCCUGUCCCUGCUGGUGCUGCACGGCCUGCUGUGCCAGAGGUACCGCGUUCUCUCCACCGUGCACGUGCACUCCUCCAUCCCCGCCGUGCCCCCCGAGCUCCUCACCUGCCUCGGCCCCCGCCACGCCCACAGCUACGCCCGCCAACACUUCCAGCUGGGAUUCACGCUCAUAUGGAAGGACGUGCCUAAGACGCAGAUGAAGUUCAGCGUGCAGACCAUGUGCCCGGUGGAGGGGGAGGGGAACGUGGCGCGCUUCCUGUUCGGCCUCCUGUCCCCGGGGGCCGACGCGGCCGCGGCCACGCUGUCGGACGCCUGGGUGGACACCGCGCUCUUCCAGCUGUCCGAGGGCGGGGCCAAGGAGCGCGCCGCCGUCCUGCGCGCGCUCAACGCCGCCCUGGGGCAGAGCGCCUGGCUGGCGGGGGCGGAGCUCUCCCUGGCCGACAUCGUCUGCGCCUGCUGCGUGCACCAGUCCGGCUCCGCCCCCUCCGCCCCGCCCAAUGUCCAGAGGUGGCUGAAGUCCUGUGAGAACCUGGGCCACUUCCGCCAAGCCUACGCCCUUCUGCACUGACCCCCACCCCCGUAUUCCCUGACCCGCCUCCGCACCCUGUUCUGUGACUCAGUAUUUCUGCUACACUGUGCCCAACGAAGCAGAAACUUGGUUAGCAUUGACCAAUGAUCUGAGUCUAACUCAAAUGUAGUAAGAUGUCAUCCCCCCCUCCCACCUUGUGCCUCUGUAACCUCGUAAUAUCUGGUGUUUGUGGUGUUUUCUUGAAAAUGGGAACCCCGCCCUCUGGUCGAGUUUCAGCAAAGGAAAAAGGGACCUGCUGCUCUGUGAAGCAGUAUGUGAAGCAAUUAUUUUUUUGUUUCUUAAGAUCUAUUAAAAUUUUCAUUUUGAACUUAAAAAAAA